AUGUUUCUUUAUCUUCGCCGUUUGCUGAGUUUCUCUCUUCUUCUCCUCCUCCCCUUUCUCCGUCUUUUUUUCUUCCGUCAAAUAGUUCUUUCCUUCUUCUCCCUUCUCCUUCUCCUCCUUUUCUUCUUUCCCCUCAGAUCUCUUUACUUCUUUUUCCUCGUCAUUCUAUUCCUCAUUUCUCCUCCUCCUCCACCUUCUUUUUCAAUCUUUCAUUUUUUUCUCCUCCUCCUCCUUCUUUCGUUUCGUUUUCUCUUAAAUUCCUCCUCCUCCUUUCCCACUUUUUUAAUCUUAUUUUUUUCUUCUUCUCCCCCUUCUCCUCCUUUUCUUCUUUCCCUGCAGAUCCCUUUACUUCUUCUUCCUCGUCCUUCUACUCCUCAUUUCGUCGCAUGUCUCUCUUAUUAUUAUUAUUCUCACUUCCCUCCUCCACUACAUCUUUUGUCUUAUAGCUCUUCUUCUUCUUCUUCUUCUUCUUCUUCUUCUUCUUCUUCUUCUUCUUCUUCUUCUUUCGUUUUUAGCUCUCUUCUGAAAAUCCUCCUCCUUUUCCUUCUUUCUUCUUUAUUUUUUUCUCUCUUCUUUCCUUCUUUUCCUAUUCCUCUUUCCUUCUUCUUCUUCUUCUUCUUUCUCUUCUUCUUCUUCUUCUCUCUUCUUCUUCUUCUCCUCCUCCUUUUCUUCUUCUUCUUCUUUUCAUCUCUUUACUUCUUCUUCCUCGUCCUUCUCCUCAUUUUUCCUCAUGUCUCUCUUAUUAUUAUUAUUAUUCUCACUUCCCCUCUCCACUACUUCUUUUGUCUUAUAGCUCUCUUCUUCUUUUUCUUCUUCUUUCGUCGUAUAGCUCUCUUGUUCUCCUCCUCCUCCUUCUCCACUUCUUCUUCUUCUUCUUCUUCUUCUUCUUCUUCUUCUUCUUCUCCCUCUUUUCUUUUUUCGUCACAUAGUUCUUUUCUUCAUCUCCCUUUUCAUUCUCCUCUUUUUCUUCUUUCACCGCAGAUCUCUUUACUUCUUUUUCCUCGUCCUUCUACUCCUCCUUUCGUCACCUGUCUCUCUCUUAUUAUUAUUAUUAUUAUUAUUCCCCCUCCUUCUUCUCCUCCUCCUCUUCUUCUUUUCGCUAUCUUUGAUUUUUGUUAUCCUUCUUGUCAGUUUUAUUGGCGAUUUACUCUCGUCGCUGAUGACAGCAUUCUUCAGGGUGUUCCUUUCUUUUGGGAUUUUUUUUCUCUCUUCUUCUUCUUCUCCUCCUCCACCUUCUCGCCUUUUCUUCUUUCGUCGCAUAGUUUUUUCCUUCUUCUCCCUUAUGCAUAUGUCUCCUUCCUUCCCUUUAUCCAUAUUCCCAUACUUAUUUCUGUUUUUCUCUCCUCUUUCUUUUUCCUUUCAAUCUUAUCAGCUCUAACCUUACUCUCUAAUGUACCCAUACAUUUCCUCUCUCUUUUCAUAUCUUACUCUCCCUCUGUUUCUCCUUCACUCUCUUUCUAUGAUUCGUCAACUGGUAUAGUAUACCCCCCGCCCCGCACUUAUCAAUUAUUCUUUUUCUUAUUAAUAGUUUUCUCCUCGAUUUCUUUGUUACCUGUUUCCUUGUUUUUCGAUCUUUCCCUCUUUGACUCUCACCUUACUCUCCAAUUGUCGCAUACAUGCUCUCCCUCUACAUUCAUGUCGUAUUCUACCUUUAUCUCACUCCAACUCUCUUUCUUUAAUCCGUCCUGUCAUAUGCUAGCAUCAUGGUCAAACCCUUUCUUUCUUUCUUUCUUUCUUUCUUUCUUUCUUUCUUUCUUUCUUUCCAUUCUUUUCAUUAUCUAUCUAUCUAUCUAUCUAUCUAUCCCAUUCUUUUCAUUAUCUAUCUAUCUAUCUAUUUAUCUAUCUAUUCCCUUCUGUCCAUAUCUAUCUAUCUAUCUAUCUAUCUAUCUAUCUAUCUAUCUAUCUAUCUAUCUAUUUAAAUUUUUCUGUCCAUACAUUAUCUAUCUAUUAUCUAUAAAUUUAUAA